CUCCUUCUUUCUUCUCUUUCGAUCCUGAAGCAACCUUCGCGCCGCAGGGAAAGACAGAAAAAGAGAGAGCGAGAUGGGGAAGAGAGCCAAAACCUCAAGGAAAGGGAAAAAAGCAUGGAGAGCUAACAUAAGCACCGAGGACAUUGAAGAUUUCUUCGAGAAAGCCACUAAAGACGCUCUCUCCGGUGGCAAUCUCUCCGCCGCUCCCAGCGAGGACCUUUUCCACGUCGAGAAAUCCCAUGGUUUGAACAUUCCGGUGAAGCGAAAGAUUGAGAAACAUAGAGAGAGAGUGCUUCGAUGCGACAGUGUUUUAAAGAAAAACCCAUUUGUCCAGACAGUGUCAUCUUCUAAACCAAAGUCGAAGAAAAGUAACAAGACAAUCGUUAUAGAAAGCAAAACACCUAAACAAGCUCAAAAGGAUGCUGGUGACGAUUCAGUAAUGGUUGACCUGUGGGCGGAUGAUAGCAAAGGAGAACAUGAGAGCAAACCUAGAAAGAUUUACAAAAAAACUUCGACUAUUCCAGCAGUAGAAGUUGAUCCUGCAGGAUGCUCAUACAACCCUACUACUGAAAGCCACGAGGAUAUGUUGGCUGAAGCCGUUGCUCAAGAAAUGCAGAAAGUUUACAAAACUGAGUUAGGCCCUGAGCCUGUUCCUUUGACUAUUGAAGGAGAUGCAAUCAAUGAAGAUGAGAGGUACUUUCUUGGAGUGGACAAUGUUAGUGACGGUGAAGAUGAUGCAGAGGUUGAAAAUGAAGAGUUGGAGGCUGGGAAUAAAUUAGCAAGAACAACAAAGAGGGUAACUCGCGUGGUAUUAAAUAAGAGAUCAAGACAAAAAGAACUGCGAAAGAAGGAGACAAAGGAAAAGUAUAAAGAGAAGAUAUCAACUGAAAUUGACAGCUUGCCCAAUAUCUUAGAAGAAAUAGCCAGAGAAGAUGAGGAAAAACAGAAUAAACUCUUACGACGGACCAUCGCUAAGCAGGAAGUGCUGAAGAUACGUCCACCUCGGUUGGGAAAGCACAAGUUUGAGGCUCCUCCUGUUCAAGUCCUCUUAACAGAAGAAAUGACUGGGUCACUUCGUAAACUGAAGGCAUGUUGCACGCUUGCAAGAGAUCGGUUCAAGAGCCUCGAGAAGCGAGGAAUACUUGUCCCUUCAAAGCACAUUAGAAGGUUUUGAUCCAACUGUGAUGUUCUUGCUAGAGAGAGGGAGCCGAUGCUAAGUGAUGCACUAUCUAUCUUAAUUAACCUGAUGUUGUUUUGAGUAUUUUCCAUUUAUGUAGAGGUAUACCUCCUCAUGAAACACUUGUCGAAGAAAAAUGUAUUGAAUCUGUUUUAUUUGCUCUUUGCCCAAUACAAACGUUCCAUUUCCUGAA